CCUGCGCGUCGCAGUUAUGGACUCUGGUGAACUGCGGUAUACUUAAUGAACAAUUUGGCGGCAUUGUUCUUUCUAGGUUAUGCCUGUUUAUUGACAUUAGUAUAUGGGCAAUGUAACGUAGAAAGUUUCGAUGUAAAUAAGUAAUUUCAUAUAAAACCAGAAUACAAUUUCAAAAUGAAUGAUACCAAAGAAAAUUCACAUGGUCAUGUUCCAGAAGAUCUUAAAAAUGCUGUGUUAGUACAUAGUUCCCCUAUACCAGCUGGAACACCUGUUGUAAAAGGAUAUGACUGGAACAAGGGAAUUGAUUAUCAUGCUCUGUUUGAAACAUAUACACAUUCUGGAUUUCAAGCAAGAAAUUUUGGUUUAGCAGUAGAAGAAGUUCAACAAAUGAUUGAUGCUAGAAAUAUUCCUCUUAAAGAUGAUCAAAUGGAUAGUUUAGAAGAUGAUGAUUUUAUAAAAAGAAAAUCUUCCUGUACAAUAUUUUUAGGGUAUACAUCUAACAUGGCCUCUUGUGGGAUUCGAGACACCAUAAGGUUUCUUGUGCAACACAGUAUGGUUGAUUGUAUCGUUACUACAGCAGGUGGUGUAGAAGAAGAUCUAAUAAAAUGUUUAGCACCAACAUACAUAGGAGAUUUUCAUUUAGAAGGGAAACAUCUUAGACAACAGGGUCUUAAUAGAAUAGGAAACUUAUUAGUACCAAAUGAUAAUUACUGCAAGUUUGAGGAUUGGGUUAUGCCUAAAUUAGAUGCAAUGUUAGCUGAACAGAAAGAAAAAGGUACUCUUUGGACACCAUCUAAAGUGAUAGCAAAACUUGGGGAAGAAAUUAAUAACGAAGAAUCCAUUUAUUACUGGGCUGCAAGAAAUAAAAUUCCCGUUUUUAGUCCAGCUCUAACCGAUGGCAGCCUUGGCGAUAUGAUGUACUUUCAUUCUUUUAGAAAUCCAGGCUUAGUUAUAGACAUAGUGUCAGAUCUUAGACGACUGAAUACAAUGGCUAUGAAAGCAGUAAAAAGUGGAAUGAUUAUUAUCGGCGGCGGUGUUGUAAAACAUCACAUCUGUAAUGCAAAUCUAAUGAGAAACGGUGCCGACUAUGCUGUGUUCAUAAAUACAGCGUCCGAAUUCGAUGGUAGCGAUAGUGGUGCUCGUCCAGAUGAAGCCGUCUCCUGGGGUAAAAUUCGAGUAGAUGCAAAACCAGUGAAGAUUUACGCAGAAGCGACUUUAGUGUUUCCAUUGCUUGUUGGAGAAACAUUUGCUCGUUAUUACCAUUCCUCCAAAAAAAAUACUGUAUCAAAUACCUGAAUAAAAUAUAUUAUUAUAACCAAUUUAUGGCUUAUAAAUUCUUCGCCCUUUACCAAGAAAUAGCAAAGGUGUAAAAGGGAAAAUAGAAAAAGAGGACUGGGCAACGAUUCACGCUUACGUUUUUAUUAUAAUAGAUUGUAUUGAAAUUUGUCGCACUCUUUUGAAAACAAAAAGUGUUGCACGCGCCUGGGUGUUUCACCCUUGUUACCCUUUCUCUCUCUUUCUCUCCACACGCAACAAGUCGCUCGAAAAGGUUCAUGAGAUAUACCGUGUUUUUUUGUUUUUUUUUUUUCAUAUACCAGCAGUGGUAUAUAACAAAAUUCGACAUAGACUACAACAACAACAACAUUCAGCCACACUUGUUCAUCUCGUUAUCGCAUUCACGCGAGAAAUAUAAUCUACAGGCUCUAUCACGAGGGAUAUACAAGAAAUUUAACUCGUUUACCAGCUUUUACGAGAACUUCUUCUUUUUUUUUUUUUUUUACAUAUCUAUUCUCACAUUCCCUUUUUCUUUCUCCUUUCUUGAUAUAAUUGUAUCCCGCGAUUAUUUCUUUUCUCUUUCAUUCUUUCACACUCUCUCUCCCAUUCGUAAUUCUAUGUACAAUUAGAUUCCCUUAUUACAGUUCAUUUUUAGGAUGUUAGUAAAUAAUAGUUAGCAUCAUACACGUCUACGCUGUAAACGAUUUAACAGUUCUGCUUAAACGCUAUAGUGCUAAGUAAUUUUAUUAAUUACUUAUAUCACAUUGUUCAUGUACACAUAAUAAUUCCCCGCACGUUAUCCGUACUUUCCUCCUGUCGACCAUUCUUAUAUUUUUUUUUUUUGUUUUCUUCCUCUGUUUUCUUCAUUUUCGAUUUUCGAAAGUUCUCGUUGAUCGACGAGAUUUUUAUGUACAAAAAAAAGAAACAGGAUAUAUUUUCUUCCUUCCAUUAUUUCGCGUCGCUUCGUUUUCUUCACUUUGAUACAUCGUGCCUGCUAUUCAACAGCAAACACCUUUUUCUUUUACUUUGAUUCGUUUUGCUACCGGCUUCGCUUUCGAUCGAUCCUUCGUUGAACGCAAAUGUAGCGAAUACGAGAUUGAAUUUUUCAUAAAAAAAAAUAAAAAUUCAAAAGUCAAAAUAACACUACGACCGAUAUCAAGUGUUCCUGAUUUUAAUACGUGAUUCCAUUCAUUUAAUUGAUUUAAAUUUCCUAACUAAAAUUCAUAAAUAAUGUAACAUCGUGUGUAGAAAUGAUUACAAUAAUUAACAUCGUUUUACGUCCAACGAAUGUCAUCUAACAACAAUCCUUCUAAUCACCCUUUGCGCUCUCAAUUGUUCACGGUUGCGUACAAGUGUGUUAAGAAUGCCCCCAAAAAACACGUUUCUAAUACAUCUAUUUACAUCCAUUGCACGAUUCGAGAUUGGAUUAAAUAACGAGGUGUCGAAUUUACAGCUCGAAAGCCCGAUGGAGCUUAUUAUUGUUGGCCACGUUAAACAAAGGAGGGAACGAAAAUGACUAGUGCGCGCGCCGAAUCGAAAAAUAUUCAUCGAACGAAAAAAGAAUCACAAAGGUAUCUUCUCCUUCGUCUCUACGCCAAAAAUUAUCUCGCGAGACACGAAUUAAAAAAAAAAAAAUGCAUUCCCUCGAAAGACACAUGACUUCUUUUAUAAUUUACGAAAAAUCGAAAAAAAAAAAAAAAUACUUCGACGUUUUAUAACGCGUCUCAUUAGCAGCGAACUCGAUAUUAAUUCGACAUAUGAAUUCAUUGGAAAGUGGAGAAAAGAAAAACAAUAACCAACAAAAGAAAAAUAUAAACAUCAUAGACCGAAAAGUAAUUGUAAAAGAUACAAGUUUUUUCGAAUCUGUUCAUCGAACAUUGUACGAUCAGGACAUGUGAAAAAGUCACCGUGGUUGUAAAAAUCAUGCACGAUAUCGAAAAUGGUAGAUUUCCUUAGGGAAAAUAGAAAUCACCUGGUCCCUAAGGAAACCUACUUUACUCGAUACUAUACAAUAACGAAACUCAAGAAUAACAAAAAAAAAAUUAACAAAUAGUAGAAAUUUACUUUGAGAGUGCUGCAAUAGAGCACUGUUCACGCAUAUAGAGAAAUUCUACUGAUUCAGUAGCGUCGUUAUUUGUAAGCUCUACUAAUUUAGUAGUACCUAUUGUCACCUAAUUAUGUCAUCACACUUAAUCAAUGUAGCCAUUAUGAUCUUUUAUAUAAACAGUACUCCGUUGAAGCACCUGUGGACGAAUGACUGUACAAUUUUUCAAUUCGUUUAACGCGUUCUUGCAACAAAAUAGAAAUUUUUAUACGUUUAAUGAUAUUCUGCUCGAAGUAUACGAAGAAUCGCCUGCUUGGAAUAUACUUGGAUCGCCGCAGUGAAGCCUUGUUAAUUUUAUCCCUUUCGUUACGACGAAGCCCUUUUUUUUUAUUCUUUAAAGAAAAUACAAAGUUUGAACGUGAAACUUUAAAUCAUCCUGCAUACAAGAGGGUUGAUUAUCUGCUUAAUUGAUCGAAUUCAUUAGUACAUUAUUACUUAUUUACAUUCGUUCAUUAAUAUGUAUCGGCUGUUCGUAACGAAACGAUUUAACACCUUCGAAAUAUUCUACAAAAAUAUUCUAAAUAUACAAGAAAUAUUGCUAUAAUAAAUACACGGUAUUCGCUUCGAAUACGAGGCGCGUUUAAUAGUUUCCAAAUGCUGCGAUCCUUCGAUCAUUCCGAGCAACAGGAACACGAAAAAUUUCGUGUGAACGCGUUGAAAGUGAUUUCUCUUUGAGAAACAUUAACAGAGUUUUCUUGAGAACCAAGGUGACAUUUUGCAUUUUCAUUGGAAUAGAGAGAAAAUUCUUGUUCUCCUGAAAACGAUAUUGCUUUCUCCAUUUUGACCGAUUUAAAUAAAUUUUGUCGAUAAAUUUAGAGACGCAGCGGCCACGCGUAUCACGAACACUUACAUAUUAUCAGCGCUUAACUGACCAAGCCUUUGAUUAAAUAAUUUAAAAAAUUAAAAAAAAAAAAAA